AUGGAUGGCAACGGAAGGUUCCACAUGCAGAACAAUUUUGACCUGAGCAUGAACAGCAGCUGUGAGCCGCAUGCGAGUUAUUUUGAAGGUCCUGGGGGGAUACAUAACGGGAUGUACUACAACAGCUACGGAGACGAUGGUGGGGGAAAUUUCCCCAUGGGCCGAGCAGGAGGGAAUAUGUACAUGGGGGACAAAAAAGGGAUGAUGAGGGGUGGUCCUCCUCCUGCAGUUGUUCCUGCAGCUGUUCCUGCUGCUGUUCCUGCUGCUGUUCCUGCUGCUGCUCCUCCUGCUGGUGGUUUCCAUGGAGGGAGGACCAUGCACGGUGAGAACGCCCCACCAAACGUGCUCUACCAACGAAAUUACAAUUUAAAUAAUAGCGCAAAUUAUAACACAGGCAGUUACCCACCUUAUAACAGCGAUUAUAACAGUAGCAUGAAUUAUCAAAUGAUGAGUAGCGGAGGAAGUGGUAACUUCCAAGGGAACAUGCUGAAUGUGUCUUCGUCUCCUAGGUCUUACCACCCAAAUGAAGAGUACAUAUUGAAUAAGAAAGCAGCAAAAAUUCUUUACAUACAUAAUAUAUCGAGCAAUUAUGCAGAAGAGAAUUUUAUUUAUAGUGUUUGUUUUGUGUAUGGUAAUGUAGAAUCAGUGAGUUACAUGAAGGGUAAGAAUUUAUUUAUUGUUAAAUUUGAAUCAUCAGAUGGUGCCUUUUGUGCUUAUAAGUACCUACCUACUCACUUUAAGAAUAUACAUUUGGAGCUGAGAAACGAGUCGAGGAAAAUAAGUUACUUUAAUGAAAAGGCUAACAGCAAUAAAUACAUUUCUCCUAACAUAUGUGAGAAGAAAUUUCUUUCGCUCAGUUUGGACAAGAGGGAGUACAUCAUGAGUAUAAAACAGAAGGAAUUGCUUCGCAAGUGUAAGGAGAAAUUGAACAAGUACAUUAAUAUGCUUAACAAUAAGACCAUGAAUGUUGAGACCAAGGAAAAGCUCAAGUGCUUGAUCGAUCACUUGAAGACAAGGAUAGAAGCACUUAAUAAUCAUUGUGAUAGGCAAGCAUUGGGUGAUUCCUCUAGUGCUGCCACUUCAUUUAAUAUGUAUGACCGGGGUCCUUCGGGGAAUGUCAACAUGGGGGGGGAUUUUUCUGGAGCAAACCCAGGUGGGCAGAACAGCAACGCUAUGGGGGGAGGAAACUUUUCCAGCGGAGGGGGAGCAACAGGAGCGGCGACCUUAGGAAUGGGGCAGGGGGGGAUAGACCCAAUGAACGCCCCAAGCACGACCAUCAAAAUUAACUCUGUGAUGAACAUUCAAAACAAUGAAGAACUGAGCAACUACAUUGCGCAAAACAAUUCCAUCUUCCUCAACGAACACAUUUUAUAUUUUUCCUUAUUUUCCUUUGGACAAAAAUACGCCAUUAUUAAAUAUAGCAACGAAAAUAUUGCGAGAAAUGUAUUUAAGAAUUGUAACAUGUAUAAUAUAAAUGUGGAGUUUGUGCAGGACGACGCGGAUGGACAGGCGACCGGAUAG